UUGUCGCCGGCUGCACUUCAACCGUGCCAUUCUCGAUUAUUAUCACCAGCUCGGUUUGACAAGGACGACAGUUAUGAAUCAACUUCUGACGCGAUAGGAUCAUUUUUUCCCAAACCAAAUUCGACUAUUGGCGUGUACACCGCGAGGGAAAAUGUUUCGGAAAACUUGAAAGUACAUCUAGUAUGGCCUCGCGAGUUCUGCGGUUACCGUCUGUAUUUUCGGAGGACUCCAAUUUGGCCCCGGGUUUACGGCGGCAAUCCUGCGGCAGUGGUAAUCUACCGUCACCUUCCGUUCAUGUGCCGUCGAUUUCGGUUCAUCUCAAUGGCUAUCCACCGCGUGUCGCUGGUGGUGUCCCGUACGACCGUGCGGUUCUACUACAAAACGGUGGAUCAGGAGUGCGACGCUCUACAGAUGGUGAUUUGGUGAAUAAUCCAAAUCACAAUGUUAACCUUGGUGAGGAUAAUGAAGGGGUCAAGGCUGACGCAGUUGGCGGACCGCUAGGAAUAGUGAAAAGGUUCUGCUCGGAGGGUAUCCUGUCGACCGCUUCGACGUCUUCCGGUUCCAGCGGGAGCACGGGCUCAGUAAACUACUGGAUGCUGAUGAUAACACCGGUUGUGAGCAGCUUUUCCGUCGCGCUAGUCAUAGCGGCAGUGGCUGGACCACAAUGGCUAUUAACGGAGGAGAAAAUUCCGAAUGGAAACUACAACGGUACGAUGAACUACAAUCAAAAGGAUGAGGGUGUCUACCUGACUAAAUACACCAAAUCAUCUCUCUGGAUGCUGUGCAGUAAAAUCGGAGGAGGCGGCACACCGGGCCCGGCCGUAUCCGAGUUUCACUGCACUACGAUCGACUACUUCCCCCAGGAGGACUACAAUCCGGAUCCGCACGACUCGACAAACGCUAUUCCCUAUACAGUAACCCAUUCGUCACCGUUUUUUCUCACCUCCAAUCUGGUGCUGGUGAUCAGCUAUGUACUGUUCCUGAUGGCCAUGUGUUCGACGAGGCGAAAAAUCUGUUACUUCGUAUCCGGAGUGCUAUUUAUAAUUUCAGGUCUACUGAUGCUAAUCGGCCUGAUAAUGUUCAUUUCGAUCCUGAAAGCCGAAAUCGGCUCCAAGUUGCGACCAAGAUCAUCCCUCCAAGCACCACUGUUCACCUUCCGGUACGGUCAGAGCUUCCUACUGUACGUUUUCGGAUUCAUCAUAACGGAACUUUCCGGAAUCCUGAAUGUACUCAUUUACUCCAACCUGCACCACCGGGAGUUCAACCGAUCGCAAACGUAUCCCAGCUAUCAGAGCUUCUACACUGUUGCACCGAAAGGGGAGCCGCACAAGCUGGUACAGAGAACCGACUGUCCACUGUACGAUGGAAUUCGACCGAGGUUUUACUUUGACAAAAUCGACGACUGUGCCGUCCAUCGUUAUCGAGCGCGACAGAACCUUGUAAAAAGCCUUAACGAAUUGUACACGGAACCGGCACCGGAGAUGAGAAGUAUGGCCACUGCUACCUCGCCACCGGCGGAAGUGAUGGAGGAUAUUUCUGCUACUUCACCACAUGAGAUUCUGAAUGAGAAUGGGAAGCUUACGCGAAGUAUUUCGACCUGUACUGAUAUAGGGCAGAGAGAGGAUGAGAGAAGUGAUGAUGGCGGAAGAAGCGACGAGAACUUGAAGAAUAUUUGUGGCAUUUCGAAACAAUAUUUUACCAAAGAACUGUCUAAGGAGAAAAUGUUCAACGAGUUCUGCAAGAAAGUAGGACCUCGACCGAAGCCGAAAAAUAUCUACUUCAUUGAGGAUGACGGUAAGAGCUCUGAUGGCUUUCAGAAUGUGUUCGUAAUUGAGGGAAAUAACAGUGACGACGAUAAGUUCAAACGGAGGAGACGAAAUUCGAUGAUGGAAGGCAGCGUACGGGCGGAUUCAGCGGAACGUCGUCAGAGAAUCAGAUCAGAUAAUUCACUGGAUCAGGCGCAUGGUCUUCGUGGCUCGCUCGAUGGGUUGUUAAGAAACAAUUACGAUAUGAGGCAGACGCUGCCGAGGAAUUUUUUGAAAAAGAAUUACCAUGCUUCCGCGGAUGGUGAGCUGGAUAGUGACCGCGGGGGGUUCAACAGUUUGGAUGAUCUGGUAGAUCACGCGGCAUGGAAUCGUAGAAUUUCGGCUAGUGGAAUUUUGGAGCCUGUUAGAUUAAAUUCAUCACAAAACGAUAUCGAUUCGAGUUCCCCUUGCCACAAUGGAGCGAAGUGGCCAAAAGCAAUACCGAAAUCAACCACCGACUUUAUUGCCAUGCAGCAAAAAUAUCUUCACGUUCCAUCAUCGCCAUCGUACGUAGAUUAUGUCGGUAGAUCUCCGGUGCAAAUUCAUCGGAGCUUCGGAGAUUUGUCCAGUACACACCAUCAUCAUCAUCAUCAUCAACUUCCGGCGCAUCAGUACGUUCGCAUUCAACAUCCGGUAUUUAAUUGUGUACCACCACCGAAAGGACCCUCGUUUACACCAUUUACGGGAAAAAUGUCACCAGUUUUCGAUUUGGAUAAAAUCGAAAGUGAACGACGCAAGUCACACUCGCAGCUGUUCCUCAACAGUCCCAGCAAAAUACCACCGCCGCCGCAACACCAUUACGACUAUGUCAACGGAACAGCGGUUUAGGUUGGCGAACAGCAGUGAAAGUAUGUUGUCUUUUCUAAUAACUUUGCAUAUCAGUAAUUUUACGUACGAUGUUAAAUGUGGAAAGAUGUUUAUCACUCGAAUCAUAUACACCUUCGUCAUUUCUAACCUCUGUGGGUGAUUCGAUGUUAACGGUUGUCAUAAGUGUUCAGUUAAUAUAUCGCAAGUUGACGUAACUCAUAAUAAGCGCGCAUACAAAGCAUAAAUUUUACUUUUUU